ACGUUACAGAAACGAAACACAUAUUGAGUGUGUUAUAUUUUCUAUGUUAUGCAUAUUUUCCGUUUUCCAUUUGCUUUGUAAUACAUUUAAAAUAUGAAAUAACUAGUUUUAUCAUAAAUAAGUGUAGAAGAUAUGGAAAGCGUGCGAGAAGAGCUAAACGAAGACUUACGAACUAUUAAUAAACAUAAACAAUACGUGCCAAUGCAUAUGCACGAUAAUUCUUCGUCUUCGUCUUCGGAACCGAGCAUUGAUUCUGAUUUCAACGACAUCGUAAGGCUCUGUCUUCAUGGAGAAACAGAAGUUGCACGUUUAUUCUUCCAACCAGAUAUACUUUAUUUCGGAGAACUUUAUGUCGGUGAAAAUUCACAGCGAGUAGUUCGUAUAUCGAAUCCAUUAAAAUUUGCACCCCUGUUUUGUCGCUACGUACGUAACGCAUCAGCUCAUUGCUAUCCAGAGACAAUUUUAUUAAAACCAGAAGGAUCUACAGAAGUACUUUUAAAAGUUCGAGGAAAAGAAAAUAUCAAUUCAUCAUUCAAGAUUUAUUUCGAUAUUGCGGCUGAUUCAUGCGAAUCGAUGAAAACUAGACGUCAAACGAAAAUCAAAGUAGGAAGAUAUUCAAUACAAUGUAAAGUGAAUGUGAAACUAUUAGUUACCACGAAGCAAUCAUGCAUGCCACGUGCAAUAAGUUCUUUUGAAGAAGAAUAUUAUAAAGAUAUACGGAAACUCCCGAAAGAUACUCGAAAGAUGCCGUUGUCACAUUUUUUUACAAUAAAAUCGAAGUCGAAAAAAGAUAUUGUAAAAAAACACGAUAACAAAAUUAUGAAAAAAGUUGUUCAUAUUCCUAAGUGGAAAUAUGAAAAAGUAUCGGAAACAGUGAAGUGUUAUACUUCGGUUAAAAAAUUAUCGACUAGUACCGAAGUAUUAAUACCUUUAACUCCUUUACAAAUAUACAACGUACGCAUGUAUCCUACUUUAUUCGCUUUUGGAAUGAUUGUUUCCAGAAGUCGUAAUUAUAAACAAUUAAUCGUAGAAAAUUUAAACGAUUUUUCAAUUAUGAUUCGCUUUACGAGUUUAUCUAAAUUUAUUAAUUUCCCGGAAGGGAAUUUAAUUAUUUUGCCACCUGGUGUAGUCGCAACGCGAUUAGUCGAGUUUCGUGCAUAUCAUAUUGGCAAAUUUAACGGUUAUAUCGAUUAUAUUAUCAACGACAAUCACUCGUUCGAACUUGGCGUUACUGCUAAUAUUGUUGAAAAACAAUUAUCAUUAGAUACUCGAGAAAUUACUCUUGGUCAAGAUUGGUUAAAGGAAGAAAUCUAUCGACCAAUGGAUUGCUCUAUUCAGAUUAGAAAUAAAUUGGAUGCAAAAACAAAGUUCCAAUGGGAAAUACCAAGCACAAGUAGUUUCCUUGUCGAGCCAAUAUCAGGAAUCGUUCGUGGAAAUGCUUCAUUGCUUAUUUACAUAUAUUACAAGCCUGACUUUUCGAGAUCCACUUCCACGGAAUUGAUAAUGAAAUGUGAAAAUAGCGGUUAUAAUACUAUACGAAUAAACAUUCCAACAUCUAUGCCCAAAGUUAGUUUUAUUAAGGAUAUUAUAAAUAUUGGUGAAAUUCCGCUUAAUCUGCCAACGAAAACAUUAGCUUUCUUACGUAAUUUUGAAUAUGUUGAGAUCGAAUUCGAGAUAGAUUCUUCAUCUUUGGUUCAUGGAUGCAUUGUUCGUCCUCUUCACGGAAUAAUGUCGCCUCGUGCAAUCGCCACUUUGGAGAUUUAUUUAACAUUUAGUUUAUGUUUCCAUUUUACUAUGGUGAUUCGCGUUACGAUACAAAAGCACUUAAAUCUUCAAUUAAAAAUCAUAGGCAAUGUAUCAUAUCCACAAUUGAAGUUACAACCACAAUUUUUACAUUUACGACGAAUAAGUGCCUCCGCGUACCAACAUUAUUUGAUAAAUGCAACAAAUGUCGGGACAACUAUGCUAAAAUUAAAAUUUUUACUAGAAGAAUAUCCAGAAUUUCGCGUUUGUCUUUCGUCGCAAAGGCACGAUCUUGGUAUAGGUAAUAAAGAUAUUUUUAUCGCGCCGAAUACUAGCCAAGAAUUUUAUCUUCAUUUCGACCCUAUUGAUUUGGCUAGUUACGCAUUUUAUCUUCCAAUUGUUAUUAACGGUAUUAUCGGUCCAGUAUCAAUAUCACAUCCUAAAUCGCUCAAACCUUCAGAACAUUUAAAACAAUUUAAAGGAUAUUACAUUAAUAUGCCAAACUUCAUCUUAGAAAAGUUACCACCGACUAUCGUGACAAUGUCCAUUGAUUGUACGGUUGCAGGUCAUCUUAUAUUUUUUAACAAAUUGGAAUUCCAUUUCAAUAUUUUAUCAAACAUCAUUUCAGAUGAAUUCUGUAUAAAAAACUAUGAUUCUCUGGAAGAGAAAAUCAUUCAAAUAGAUAUCAGCAAUUUUUCGGUUGCUUCUUGUCCAUUUUCUAUUCAGUGGUCCAACGGUGAAAAACCAAUCAUAACAUCCAAUUAUAUUGAAUGCACGUUAGAGCAAGGAAAAGAAUGUAGCUUCGAAUUGACAUUUCAACCGAAAUCACGAGGAAACUUUAACAUUGAAGCACCGAUAUUUAUCAAUAAUGAAUUGAACGGUGGAAUGUUUAAUAAAUUAUGUCUGAUCGGUGAAUAUCCUGCGUGUACGAUUCAAUCUGAAUUUUCAGAUAUAUUUUUUACACCUGUGCCAUUAAAUACAUCGAUUGAAAGAAAGUUUCAUUUAAUUAUAAAAUAUUUUGAGAAAGAUACAGUUAUUCUAGUAAAGAAAUUGUCUCCUGAAUACUCCAUUGGAGAAUACAUGGAUAAUAUCCUUUUUAUAAAUUUUGUAGAUACAAAUGUUGUAAAUGCUUUCAAAUUUUCAGAAUUAGAAGUACGAAUAGUAUUUAAAAGCAAAGCACCUGUUUCAUUUCGUACAAUCAUUGAAUUUUUCGAUGUCGAUAGAAUUGCCAUUUGUCCUGUAACGAUUUAUGCUACAUCUGAUAAUUGUUUAUUAACUACAUAUACGUAUUUAAGAAAUUCAAUUAUCGAUUUUGAAAAAGUUCAACCAAGCAAUUUCGACAAACGAAUAUGUUCCAAUUCAUAUAUAUCCAAUUUUACCGACGAAGAAAAUGAAAGCUACAAUCAGAAUCAAAAAAAUAAGAAAUCAGAGAUAAAAAUAGGUAUUUUAACCUAUUUUACUCGAAAAAAUCGACUUUCGGUUGAAAAAUUAACAGAAAAUAAAUAUAAAUUAGCUAUAUACGAGUCGGAUAGUUCAUACGAAAAAAAUAAUCACGAUAUCGAGGAAGAAACAAAAAAAUUCACAUCGAAAAAAUCUUUUUCUGAAACAAAAGUUCCAAAUUUCGUUACAGAUAUCACAACUAAAGAAAUAGUUCAAGAAUCAAUGCAAUAUCCAUUUUUUCCUUUUGAUAAUAAAAAUGAUGAAUAUGGAAUUUAUAUGAUCCAAACACUACAAGCCGCAGAAGAAUGGUUAUACAAUGGACCUUUUAAAUUUAAUUUUUAUUUCGACAUUUUAAACAUUCCAAUGAUAUUAUCAAAAUUUUAUUCAAAGAAACCAGGACAGUUUAGAACUACAAUUCGAAAAGGUCCAGAAUUGGGUUUAGUAGGUGUUCUUGAAUCAUUACUAGGACCAGUAAUUUAUAAUUAUAUAGGAAAAUUCAAAGAACCGUCAGAAAAAAAUGAUAUUGAAAGGGCAAAUUAUAUAUUUAAUUUUUAUGAUAAUAUUCUUACUUUUUUAACAAAAUAUGGAGCUUAUUUGUGCCACGUUUUACCACAAUUUUUACUAAAUUAUGACGAUUACGUUAUUUUGAUGGAAAAUACACGUUCUAAAGCUUAUAUUCGAAAAUCGUCAAGUAUAGAAUCAAUACGAGAAAUUUUGUCGCAAAAAAAAUUCGAAUGUCGAAGCAAACAAUGUUGGUUAGAUAUAAUAUUGCAAAUGUAUAAAUGUUUCGUAUUAAAAAGUGAAUUUGAAAAUAAAAAUAGAAUAGAUUCUCCUUCAUUCAUUCCUUCAUUAUCAUCUAAACGAUCUAUACGAGAAUCUCAACAAUCUGGAACAUUAUAUUUUUUAAAUUGUCAUAAAGAAUCUGAAAAUAUAAUUGAUAAUAUUCAUUCAAAGAUCACCGAUAAAUCAUCCGAUAUUAAUUAUUAUUCUUUCGAAGAGCGAUUGUUAUUGGCAUGGCUGUCUUACCAUUAUGAGGAAGGACGUAAACAAGAAUGGAUGACUGAUUUUCGGGUAGUGUUAAAUCCUUAUGAGAAUAAAGAUAUGGCAGAGGCACGUAACAUUAAAAAUUUUGAUAAAGAUUUGUCGGAUUCUUUGGUAUUAAUUACCGUAACAGCUGCUUAUUGUCCUUUUCUUAUCGAAGAAAGUUUAAAUAAUAUCUAUAUCCAGCCACGAAACUAUGAAGAGGUAUUACAUAAUGCUAUAUGCGUGGUAAAUGCAUGGAGAAAAAUACGACUUGGUUUUAUAAUUUCACCAUUGGAUAUUAUAUAUCCAAAUUGUGUUAAAAUGUUAAUGUUGGUUGCAUAUUUAUAUAAUAUAUUGCCAACAUAUAUUCCAAAAACUACAAUUAAAUUUAGUUGUCCCUUGUCUGAAACUGUAACGAGACAAAUAAAUUUUACAAAUCCAACCGCCAAUAAUGUCGGUUUCUUAAUACAAUUUUUUGGAAAUAAACAUGGAUUUUUUACGACAAUAUUACCACAAUCGGUCAUUCAUUUGACCAGUCAUGGAAGUACAAUAAUAAAAAUACAAUUUUAUGCUAAAAAAAUUAAAAAAACUAAAGCUUAUCUUUUGUUGUGUGGAUCGACAAUCGGUCCUCAUUUUGGUCGGAAUCAAACAUUUAUUUUGGAAGGUCAAGUCGACUGUUUAGGAAUUGCAAAUGAAUAUACAAUAUACAGCAAGCUGUAUCAAGCAGUUGACAAAAUUUUAACUAUUAAUGUACCGUAUGAAAAUUCGAUAGAAUAUGAAAUUUGGGCAUCGGAAGAACGACCAACCAAACCGAGCACCUUGAAACAAACACGAUGGACCGAGUUAUGUUUGAGGAAGAUACCUCGAAGAUUAUUUAUAAAUCAAAAUUCAAUUAUUGUUAAGGAAAAUAAAAAAGCUUUUUUGUCAGUUACGGUAGCAUGCCUUUCGCCCUGUCAUCGAAGCUUUUGGAUCAUUUUUCAAUCAAAAAUAGGUGACUUUAUUAUUCAGAUAAAUUCGCAUUGGCAAUCAUCUUUAACCGAUAAUAUCAUUAUCAAAUGGAAUGAACAAAUUGAAAAAUGCAUUUGUACAGAACAGAAUUAUAACGAAAUGUGCCCAUUAAAUUUAAUUGUACCAAUACCAUCUAGAAAUAAGCAACUUUGGAGUUGCGUUGCUCACAUGUUUCAAAAAACUCUCAAUCCAAAAGAACGAUUGUUUUGGACUCGAUAUUUAGACACGCAUAUUGGAUUACGUUUAAUUCGUUGGUUAAUGGGAAACAGUACAGAUUCUGCUGCUAUGGAAUUUAAUCAUAUAUUUGAUAAAAAAGUAACAUAUAACGUAACAAUAUCCGAUGCAUCACAUAUUCUUAAAUAUCCCAAGACAUUUAUUAUAAAUGAUGUAAGACCUCAUGCAGAAAAUACUCCAAUAAAUAUUCAUAUUUCACCAUUUAUAGACCGAUUGUGUGAAAUAAUAUUGACAUUAGUUUCUAUCAAUGGUAAUGAACGAAGGAUGUAUGUAAUUGAUUUCUUACAUAUGUAAAAUAAUUAUUGGCACGAUAUUUAAAUUAUAUAUAAUUAUAUACAAAAUAGUAAAAUUCAAAGAUUGGCUAUUUUUUCU